AUGCUCAUCCCCUCCACCACCCUCCCCUACAUCGCCGCCGACCUCGGCCCCUCCGCCAACGCCACCUGGAUCACCGUCGUCUGGACCCUCGGCGCCGCCGUCCUCGUCUCCGUCGGCGGCCGCCUCUCCGACAUCUUCGGCCGCCGCUACUUCAUGAUGACCGGCGCCCUCGUCUCCAUCGCCGGCACCCUCGUCGGCGCAAACGCCCGCUCCGUCGAGCACAUGAUCCUCUCCGGCGCCCUCUUCGGCGUCGGCUCCGGCUUCCAGGAGCUCUGCUACGCCUGCGUCCAGGAGUGCGUCCCGAACCGCCUGCGCGUCGUCGCCGUCGGCGGCCUCGACGUGAGCUUGGCGCUCGCCUUCAGCUCCCCGCUCGUGUCCUAUGCUUUCAUCGCCCACCAGGAGAUCGGGUGGCGGGGCGCGUAUUGGUACCUCUUCGCGUUCCACUGCUUCGCCUUCGCGCUGCUGUUUUUGUUCUACCGCCCGCCCGAUUUUGCCAUGAAGCACCGCGCUGACGGGAAGACGAAGAUGCGGCUCCUCGCGCAGCUCGACUACGUCGGGGUGGUCCUGUUCUUGGCCGGCGGGGUGUUGUUCUUGCUGGGCAUCAACUUCGGGGGGCGGACGUAUCCGUGGCGCCAUCCGGGGACGAUCGCGCCCAUCGUCGUCGGGAUUUGCUGCUUCGUCGCGGUCGGGGUGUGGGAUGCGUAUGCGGAUUUGGAGUAUCCCCUUUUCCCGCCGAAGCUGUUUAAACGAGUGAGGGAAUUCGACAUGGUCAUGGUAGUCUGCUUCGUCGGCGGAAUGCUGUAUUACAGCAUGAACGUCCUCUGGCCGCGACAAUCACAAGCCUUCUUCGUCGGCCCGGAGGAGACCAUCAUGCGCGGCGUCUACGCGACCAUCUUCUCCUGCGGGACCUGGGCCGCCGGGUUGAUCACGGUCUUCAUCUGCUCGCGCCUGCACCACGAAAAGUGGCAACUCGUCGGCUUCACCGUCGUCCAGACGGCGCUGAUCGGGUCCAUGGCCUCCGUCGGCUCCGGCGACCGCGCGCAGGCCAUCGUCACCGUCGUCGUCACCGCCAUCACGAUCACCCCGCCGCAGCUUCUCUCGUUUACCAUGCUCUCGUUCGGGCUGGAGGACCAGACGGAUCUCGGCGUCGCAGUCGGCCUAGCAGGUACCUUCCGCCUCUUCGGCGGCGCGGUCGCGACGACGAUCUACACGGCCAUCUACUCCACACGCACCGCCGAGGUCCUCCCGGGGGAGAUGCGCUCGGCGAUCCGCGCGUCCGGCGUCGACUUCUCCGAGGGCCUCCUCGCGGGCCUGGUCGCCGCGGCGCAGACGAACACGGCGGCGGCGUACGCGUCCGUGGCGGGCGUCACGCCGCGGCUCGCGGGGCUGGCGGUCGAGGCGACGAAGCAGUCGUACGUGGCGGGCUUCAGGCUGGUGUACCUCGUGGCGAUCGGCUUCGGCGUCGCGGCGACGGUCGCCGCCAUGUGUACGGUCAGCACGGACCGGGCGAAGAAGAACAACGAGCGGGCGAUUAUCAUGAAGAAUGAGGUCGGCAAGGAGGCGGUCGUGUCGAAGACUGUAUGA